GCAGAUGGGCUUGGGCUGGAGCAGCGCGGAGGAGCGGCGGCCCCUCCUGCCGCCGCCGCCGCAGCAGCCGCGGCCGCAGCCGCGGGGGCCGGCGGGGGUCCCGGCGGGGCGGCUGCCGCCGCUGUCGGGCCGCGUGUACGGGCGGCGGUGGCUGGUGCUGCUGCUGUUCUCGCUGCUGGGCUUCGCGCAGGGCCUGGUGUGGAACACCUGGGGCCCUAUCCAGAACUCGGCCCGCCUGGCCUUCGGCUUCAGCGGCUGGGACAUCGCCCUGCUCGUCUUCUGGGGGCCCAUCGGCUUCGCGCCCUGCUUCUUCUUCAUGUGGCUCAUGGACAAGAAGGGUCUGAGGGUAACAGUGUUACUAACAUCAUCCCUCAUGGUACUGGGAGCUGGCCUGAGAUGUGUUCCAGUUUCAGACCUAGAAAUUAGGAAGAAGCUGAUCCACGGCGGGCAGCUGCUGAACGGGCUGGCGGGGCCCACGGUGAUGAACGCGGCUCCCUUCCUCUCCACCACCUGGUUCUCCCCGGACGAGCGCGCCACGGCCACGGCCAUCGCCUCGCUGCUCAACUACCUGGGCUCGGCCGCCGCCUUCCUGGUGGGGCCGCUGGCGGUGCCGCCGCCCAACGGCACGGCGCGCCCGGCCGCGCCCGGCGGCGCGCCGCGCAUCAAGGACCGCAUCGAGGCCGUGCUCUAUGCAGAAUUUGGAAUGGUUUCCCUGAUAUUUUCCGCAGCGUUGGCCUACUUCCCCUCGCGCCCUCCAUUCCCCCCCAGCGUGGCUGCAGCGAGCCAGCGGCUCAGCUACAGGAGAAGUUUUUGCAGACUCUUAAGCAAUUUCCGAUUCUUGAUGAUUGCUUUGGCCUAUGCGAUACCACUGGGUGUUUUCUCUGGCUGGUCUGGUGUACUGGAUUUGAUAUUAACACCCAUUCAUGUAAGCCAGGUGGAUGCAGGCUGGAUUGGAUUUUGGUCUAUAGUUGGAGGUUGUGUUGUUGGCAUAGCAAUGGCAAGAUUUGCAGAUUUUAUCAGGGGCAUGCUGAAGUUCAUACUGCUGCUGCUUUUAUCUGGAGCAACAUUAGCAUCAACCUGGUUCACUCUCACCUGUCUAACUACUGUCACUCAUCUGCCUUUAACCACAGCUACACUGUACACAUCCUGCAUUUUGCUGGGCAUAUUCCUCAACAGCAGUGUACCAAUAUUCUUUGAGCUCUUUGUGGAGACAGUCUACCCUGUUCCAGAAGGAAUAAGCUGUGGAGUUGUCACCUUUUUGAGUAAUGUGUUCAUGGGAGUGCUUUUGUUUUUCCUCACAUUUUACCAUACAGAGUUUUCCUGGUUCAACUGGUGCCUGCCAGGGUCGUGUCUGCUCAGCCUGCUCCUCAUCCUGUGCUUCCGCGAGUCCUACGACAGACUCUAUCUCGACGUCGUCGUCUCCGUGUGAUCACCCCGCACUGGUGAGGGCUUGGAAGAGACUGGAAGUCGGCUUUGCAGUCUGCACAUCCGCCUGGAUUUGCACAGCUGAACAGCAGAAAAACAAAGAAAUUUCAAGACUUAAUCGUGGCUUUAUUUAGAGAGGGUGAGGGAUGGGUCGUUCUUACGUUCAAGCCCAUCUUGAUUUGCCAUAAACGUGGAACUGGAGUGGUGAUGGUGACACCAAAAUGCACAAAGAGAAUCUCUCUGCUGUCCAGGUCCCUGUGCAGGGCUGGGGCUCUCUGUUGAAGAGGCUGUUGAUGUAGCAGUGAGGUGUAUGUUGUGUGUGUGCUGUGUGCUGACUCACGGUUAUACACACCAGGGUACCAGUAACCUUCAGUCUUCUAUCAGAAUGAAAAUAGGGAAUAAUCUUAACAAAAGGAAAAAAAAUAAGAAAACAAAAAUCUUUUCAAGAUCUCUUUAAAAUCACUAGUCAUUUAUAUAUUGAAUGUUCAUUAAACAUUUAAGCUAAAAUGAUUUGGUGCUUGUACACUACAUUUACAUUCUAAUAAAGUGGGUUCUGAUAUAAGACGCUGGUACCAGGGUUUUUAGCCAUACUAAAUAUCCCAAAUAAUCCUUGCAGUGUUAUUAGAGGUGUUUGUUACCACCCUGGAGCACAAUAGCUUUAGCUGCCACUGAAUCCCAACCUGCACCCACAGUCAUCUCUGAAAGGCCACCAUGGUUCCAUAUCUCCUGAAUAUGGAGCAUCUGUGGUGUACUGGAGUGUCACUCUAGGUAAAUGUUGCUGUUCUAAAGGCCACCACUGUGUCACCUUUCCAUCCUCCAUCUCCAGUACUGCCUUUUUUACUGUUUGUGCCACUGAAUACUGUGGGUGUGGAUGUCUAAAUCCUGCUAGUUCUCUCCUGAUACUCUAAGGUGUGUGUGGUUUUUAGGAUUAGUUUAUGACUGAGGGUGCCUAAACAAUAUUAUUUGUAACCCAAGUCUGGAGAAAUCACUGUUUCCUAAAAAAACCUUUCUAGUUGAGGAGGUGCAUUGCUGGCGAAGUGACAAUGAGUUUGACAAUGAGUAACUCACGAGUUCUGGCAUAAUAUGGGAAAUUAAUGCCAGCUCUUUUUAUCAGUACUAAUCUGUGGUCGUUCUGGCCCUUACUUGAACAUAAAUAUUAAAGACACUUUGAAUAGUUUUUUAACUCAAUUUUUAAACCUGCUAAUGAUUUCUUAAUUAUAUUCUUAGAUUUCAGUUCAGCAUCAUUUAAAAUAUUUCUCUGUGUGUGUGUGUGUGUGUGUUCUGUGCUUUGUGUUACGGGGGUGUGUUUGUGUGUAUGGGGGCGUGCAUAUUUAUAUCAAUGUAUACACAAAUAAAACUUAUAUAUAUAAGAGAUACCUAUAUAUAUAUAUA